UUGCAUCGUGUUACGUAUCAGAAGCUCAUGCACAGUGUGCCAUGAACACAAUCUUGCGCGCGCACACACAAAUGCUACGGUUAAGUAGUCCUGAAAGGGAACACCUGAUGCAAGUACAAGUUCACCAUAAUCUACUAAUUAAAUCAAGCCAAUUGGCUCGUUGUGCACAAAGCUAUUUUCGUUGUCACAUGUCAUCUUCGUACUAGUAUCGCACUUUUCUUUUUUUUUCUCGCACUUAUGUUUCGUGAUUAUUUCCCGUCAUGAUCUUAUGCAGGAUAAGGCUGAAAAACCUGGUACGUCAUGUGGGAGCUCGUUGUAGCCACCGUGGUCCUUUUCGUCGUGCACUGGCUCAUGAAAAGAAGAGAACACUUCAACUUUUUCAAGAAUCUCGGCAUCCCUGGACCAACGCCAAACAUCAUCUUCGGAAACAUGUUGGAGAUGUACAAAAAGUCUCCAGUCAAGGCCUAUCGGGAGUGGAUCGACAAGUACGGUGACGUCGUGGGAUACUUCAACGGAUACCGUCCCGUUAUCCUCGUGGCAGAUCUGGACUUGCUCAAGCAAAUUCAGAUCAAGGACUUCCAAGACUUUGUCGACAGAGGCCUCCUGUUCCAAGCUAAGCGCCCUCCAAGCCCGCACAACAAGAGCCUCCUGCAGCUCACCUCUACCCGCUGGAAGGAAGUUCGCAGCGUGCUCACUCCUUCUUUCACCACCAAUAAGCUCAAAAUGAUGUCUCCGGGUGUCAUCUCAGCCGUGGAAAAGCUGGUCUCCAAGUUCGACCGCAAGGCAGAGACGGGGGAGGAGUUCGAAGUGGGCGAGAUGUACGCUGCCCUGGCCCUGGACGUGAUCUGCAAGAGCGCCAUGGGCAUCGACUACAACCUGCAGGACCACCCGCGUCACGGCUUCCUGGUCUGCUGUCGAAUGCUGUUCGGCUGCGCCUUCUCCUUCAUCGCCGUGCUACUCACCGCGUUUCCGGGUUCCGCGGCGCUGCUCAAGUUCAUCAACUCGCGUUGGCUCCGCUACAAGAACAGCGGUGUGCACCCUUUCAUCGAGGUGCAAGAGAAGUGCAAGCGAAUCGUGGGCCAGCGACAGCAGGACACGUCGCUCCGUCAAAAGGACCUGCUUCAAUUGAUGAUCGACGCAAAGGAGUCUCGCGUCGACCUCGGUUCCGUCACGUCAACCCAACUGACGGCUGGGGAAGAGAACGAGCAGGAACUGCCGAACGGAGCCAGCUCAACCGCCGACAGCGCCAAGGGCAACGUGUCUGUCUUCAACAAGGCUGUGCUGGAUGACGACGACAUCACGCAGAAUGCAUUCGUGGUUCUAGUGGCAGGAUUCGAGACCACGAGCAACACCAUGUCGCUCGUGACUCACAUGCUGCUGCACUACCCGGAAGUGCAGGAGAAGAUGAGGGAAGAGCUGUUCUCCGUCCUAGGAUCUGAUGAACCUAUAACGUACAACACCAUCCAGAAACUCACUUACAUGAACUGCGUUAUUCAAGAGACGAUAAGGAUGUAUCCGCCAGCCUUCGCGUUUGUGACGCGGGAGGCCGUGGUGGACAAAGAGUACGGCAAGAUUCGCAUCCCCGCCGGCACGGCUGUGAUGGCGGCUGUCGAGUACAUUCACAGGGAUCCGAGACAUUGGGAAAACCCGGACAAGUUCGAUCCUGACAGGUUCCUUCCUGGGAACAAGUCGAAGAUCAACACCAUGGCCAUGCAGGGCUUUGGCAGCGGCCCCCGCAACUGCAUCGGAAUGCGAUUCGCCCACAUGGAGCUGCGGUACACGUUCGCGCACAUACUGCGGAAAUACCGGCUCGAGAAGACAGAAAACAGCGAGAAGAACCCGCCGAACAUUGAGAUGAACCCGAUCAUACUAAAAAUCAAGAACGGCGUCAAGGUCAGGGCCGUGCCACUGUGAUAACCAUUCACUCGACACCUGCGACGUGCCUAUGAGAACGCUGCAUUUCCGCUCGUUUCAAACCUUCGCGGGGCUUGUACUUCAAGUACGAAGAACUGGAUUUUAUCCCGCGUGCGACCAAAGCGCCGCAUAACUUUCUCCGUACGAACUAACAACACUUUCGUGAAGCACGUGCCAAAACUGUGAUAUUUGAGCCAGAGCGUUUAAAAAAUGCUCGCUUUGUGCCAAGUACAACACGUGAGUAAUUUACAAGUGUUCAAUAAAAAAAAAUUAUUGUCUAAA